AUGUCCUCAUCAGAAGCUGACAGUUUGGCAAAUGGAGGUGCUGGAGAUGCUACUGCACAAGCAAUAAAGCAAGACAUUGAACAAAUGUCAAUUGAGGAAUUAAAUAACUACCAAAUUCAAAUAUCGACCGAGUUCAAAAAUUUAUUGAGACAGUAUCUCAAGUCACGAAUGUCACGAAUAAACAGUAUGAUUGAGAAAUUGAGCAAUCUGGUCAAACUAGCCACUUCAAACGAAAAAAGCUGGCUCAAGAUUUAUAAUUUUGAGGUGGAAACCAUAAAUAAUAUAAUGACCAAUACCGAGGAUUUGAUUAUGGUUAGUAAUGGUACCAUACCUUCAAAGCCAGAUUUGCUAAAAAAUUUAGAUGAAUAUGAAGAAGAAUUGAGAGAAAUUUUCUCAAAUUUGCAGCUGCCUUUUGAUUUUGAUGAUACUUUUAAGUAUGACAAUGAAGAAUUGGCAAGACAAGAUAACGAUGGUACUAUGGCUAAUGAGAACCCAACUCUCCUAUCCCAACUCCCAUUUCCCUACUUGUUCAAUCAGAUCUUCCAGCCUCAUAGAAAUAACCUAAAGAGCAUUAGCAAAUUGAAGGACUAUCAAACAAAUUUGAUUCGAAAUAAUUGUCGAAACAAUUCAACAAUUGUAUGGAAACAAUAUCUCGAUAGAGUCAAGAAUAAGCAAAUGGAAUUGAUACAAAAAGUAAACCAUGAAUUGAAUGAGCUUUAUAGAGAUUAUAAUAUGUUGAAUCAACUGCGCAACGAGGAGCUAUCAGAUCGAUAUUACUACCGAUCAUUGGUAUCCCCCGAUUCAGUAGCCAGUCAUCGAAAUAGUAAAGUAAAUGUCACCACAGCUCAUGAUUUGGAUGAAUUGAUGAAAAAUAAUUGUGACUCAAACUAUAUUGAUAGGAGUAACAGGUUGUUACCAAAAAACGAUAUUGAGUUGUCUUUUAUACGACAAGAGAUACGAGGUAAAGAAUCUAAAAUUAAUAGCAUACAUAAGAGGAUAAAGAGAAAAUACGAUGAUACGUUUGGUGGAUGUUUGGAAGAUGAUGUGCAGCAGCAGCAGCAGUAUGAUGAUGAUGAUGAUGAUGAUGAUGAUGAUGAUGAUGAUCUAGAUGAGGAUAUACGCUUGAUUAGAAGUACAGUUGCUGAACAAAAGGGAGAAACGGAGGUGGCCAAUGAAACAGAUGUAGAGAGGGAUUUAGAAAUUCGAGGGAAAGUGAUUGACAAAGAAAAUGUCGAGGAGAAGCAAAAGGAGAAGGAAAAAGGACUUGCUGAUGUCCAUGUAAAGGUUGAAGAUGCGGGUGUUAUUAAUGAAGGGGAAAAGGAAAAGGUGAUGGAGGAAAAAGAUAAUAAUAUUGAUGAUGAUAUGGAGGAGGAAGAAGACGAGGACGAAUAUGAGGACGAGGACGACGAUGAAGACGAGGACGAGGACGAUGAAGAUGAUGAUCAGUAUGACCAAUAUUACCAGUAUGACCAGUAUGACUACAUUGAUGACGAUUUUGAAGAAAACAUGACGCCCGCAGAGAAGGAAAGCCGACAAAUUUACAAAAACGUAUUAUUUCAAGAACAGCUUGUAUCUACCAUGCCAUUUUACAACAUGCCCAAACUCAGUUCUUUUCCACAGUGGGUUGAGAAAACGUAA